AUGGGUGUUGAGGAUCUGGUGAGCUCUCUCAAAUUUCAUGAGAUAAGUCUUAAUGAACAUGAAUCUUCCAAGAAAAGCAAAUCCAUUGCUCUACCAUCAAGAGGAAAGUCAUCAAAAGCUUUAAAGGUUGUGGAAUCUGAAGAAGAAUCACCUGAUGGGGAUUCAAACAAGCUGGAGUAUCUGGCGAAGAAGAAUAGGAAGUUUCUGAUGAAGAAGAAUGGCUACAAGAAUUUCAAGAAGGAAGAUCAGAAGGGAUGCUUUAACUGCAAGAAGCCAGGACACUUUAUUGCAGAUUGCCCUGAUCUUCAGAAGGAAAAAUCCAAGGACAAACCAAAGAAAUCUAGCUUCAAUAUAAGAAAAUUCAGGAAGGAGAUUAAAAAGAGCUUAAUGGCAACAUGGGAGGAUUUAGAUAGCGAAUCAGACUCUGAAAAGGAGGAUUCUGAAGAAGAUAUUAAAGUAGCAGUUAGGUUGUGA